ACGAAGAAGACGAAGGACCAUUAGCUCGACAUAACUAGGACGGCUUUUGGUAUUUUCUUUCGCUGUUAAACGUAUUUGGUGGCGUUUCAUUUUACCCCCUGUCCCUGCAAAGUGCCCGUAUGACUAUUUGUAGUUCAGUUGUGUGAUUAAGUUUAAGAAAACGCCUUGAGAGCGUUUCUCCUCCUCCUCCUCCGCCGCCAUGUCUCACAACUACCCAUACAGACGGCCGCAGCCCGACUCCGGCCUCAGAUCUGAUCCGGGUUCUUACGUCUCUUCGGACCGCCGUCACUCCUCUCCAGACCGUCAGAUUUACCAAGCGCCUCAGGAGUCCUACUCCUACCCGUCGUCUUCUUCCUCCUCCAGAGUCGCUCAGUGGUCGCAGGACGGCGCUGUCAACAUCCUGAGCAGCUGCGGUCUGGAGCCGGGCGACCUGGCUCUGCUGGCUGAGAUGCCUGAAGACCGGCUGACAGUUGAGACCCUGCCUCAGGUCCUCCAACAGAUCAAAGGAAAGAGAGGGACUGUCAGACAGUAUGCUCACAACGCUCCAUCCUCCUCCUCCUCUUCCUCUUAUCCCCCCAGCUCCACCCGUCGACCCAUUGUUAAGCCCACCACCAGCGACUGGGACCGCCCCCCCAGCCAGCUGCUCCAGUAUCAGGUGGACCAAGUUAAAUCCAGUCCUCUUCUACCCGAGCUGGACCGCUGGGGGAACCCCAUCACCUUCAGCUCUGUGAGAGCAGAACAAACGCCGUCAUCAUCUUCAUCCAGGUCCUCCAGUUACGUGGUGGACUUCCACCACAGACCAGCUCCCCCUGACUAUGGUAAGAAUUGCAGAGAUACCAGUCCAGUUUCUUCUCAAGACUACAGCAACAAAUCCAAAACCCUUGAAUUCAUAAAGCCGGGCAGGGAAGGACGUCAGGUCACCUCUCAGGACUACCACCACAGACCAGCACCUCUGCAGUUUGGGCUGUCAGACAGAGACGCCAGUCCAGCUUCCAGUCAAGACUACUACAACAGACUUGGACCUCCUGACUUUGGUAAGGCUGGAAGAGAUGUUCAAGUCUUCCCUCAGGAACGACCUUCUUUCAGCUCUGUUGGUAGAGACAGAACAAGUCGCCCAUUCUCUCAGCUCUCGGGACCAGCUGACUACAGACCACCUCCUCUGCUUGAAGACAGCCAUCUAAAACCUCUCUGGGGAGGCAGCGGGUCCGAGACCUUGUCCACUAAGAGCAGCAGCCAGCCCAACGCCGUCAUGCCCUCCAAACAGAACGCUAUGGACUUCCACGGAACAACGCCGUCAAUGUACCCACACUCAUGCUCUCUGUGUGCUAUCACUGUGAUGUCAGAGAAGGUGUGGCUGAAGCAUAUAAAUGGGCCUCAUCAUGCUGAUGGACAGCUCAGCCUGCUGCAGAAGUUUCCCAAUUGGGACUGUCGAUUGGAGACAGUGGGCAGGGUCGACAACCAACCAGAGAGGUGGAAGGAUGACAGAAAACCUGGUGAGAAGCCCCAGUCAUCCAAUCGGAACUCCAAUUCAUCACAGCAACAUAAAAAAACUCAGAAAAAGAAAAGUAAAGUGGUGUGUGUGAAGUUUCCGGCUCAUUCUGUGGACGAGAAGUACCUGAAGAAACUGGCUGAACCGUUCGGAAGAAUUGUCAAGAUCCUUAUGUUUCCAUCUUUAGCGUUUGUUGAGCUGGGCUCCAUGGAUCAGGCGAAGGACAUGGUGAAGUUCCAAGGAAACUAUCCUCCCACUGUGAACGGACAGCAGAUGGAGUUCACAAUCUCACACACCUUCAACUUCCUCCAGAGUUCUCGGGUAGUCAGUUUCACUCCGCCUCCAACAGGAGAGGAAGGUCAAUCAGACCUGAUCAGCAUCAUUAAACGCUUUGGCUCGCCACUUUACACCCUGUUCCUGCCCUCCAAGUCAUUUGUAGAGAUGAAAGAAACGGGUGAAGCUCAGAAGUUGGUCGAUUAUUAUUCCUCCAACUCUCUGAGGAUCAACGAUGACCUCAUCAAAGUGUCCUUCUCCGGAGAAUACAAGAGCCUCAUGAGGGUUCCAUCAGCCAAGAGGUAUGAAGAGGAAACCAGGGGGACGAGGAGUUCAAGCAAAGAGAAAGAGGAGAAGAAGAUGGAGAGCAAGAGGAUGAGGAGUUCAAGCAAAGAGAAAGAGGAGAAGAAGACGGAGAGAGACAGGAAAAGGAGCAGCAGAGAUCGAGACAAAAGCGGGACCAGAAACAGGUCUAGGUCCAGGGAAAAGUCUGAUAAAGAGAAAAGGGGAGAAACCAGAACCAGGUCUAAGUCCAAAGAGGAAACAUCCAGAACACGGUCCAGGUCUAGUGAUAAAUCUAGAGGAGACAGGAGGACUAGAACCAGGUCUAAGUCCAAAGAAAAGGACAUCAAUGAGAAAAAGUCUGAGGCCAAAGAAGAAUCCAGCAGAGAGAGGAGUUCCAGGUCUGAGUCUGAUCUCAGAGAGAAGUCAGUCAAAGAAGAAGAAACAGAGGCGUUUGUCACCACAGAGUCCAGCUCUGAUCCAGAUCCUUUCAAGGACUCCAAUCCUGAAACUGCAGAAAAUGAACAAAUGGAAGAGGAAGCACAGUCGUCUGCAGACGAGAGCGACAUCGAGGGAAUGGAGGUGAUUGGAGAGGAUGGAGAGAGUCUACAGGACGAGGAGAUGGAAACUUUGGAUGAUGCUGAUGUAGAGGAGGAAGAACAUGAGGAGGAAGAGAGAGAUCAUAAGAAGGAUGAAGAGCAGGAGGCGGAGGAAACAGCAGAGAAAGAUGAAUGUCCUGCAGAGAGAACAGACUCGCAUGUAGAAGAUCAAGAGAAGAAUGAAGAGAGCGAUCAUCGUGAGCAGCAGGAGGAGAAACAAAUGGAGGAAGAGGAGCAGCAGAAUUGUUUAAAGGAAGAUGAAAUAGAGGAGGAGAAUCCUUUGAAGCAGGCGGAGGAAGCCCAAUCCACUAGAGAAGCUGAGGAGAUGACGGAGACUCAGCCGGAGGAAGAUGAGUCAGAUUUCCCCGUCGACCUCGACAGCUGCAUCACCCUGGAUGAACUGGAAGAAGACGAGUGCGAUUAUCUAGAUGAAGAAGUCAGACAUGAAUCUGAAUCUCCUGCCAGCCGAGUUCUUUAUUUGAAAAACGUUCCGCUGGAUUCCUUCUCUGACGGAGAGUUCAUUCGACUGGUGAGAGGCUACGGGACAGCGGUACACUUUUUCAGGAUCCCCGGACGCCACUCGGGUUUCAUUGAGAUGUCGUCGUCCUCAGAGGCUCAGAGAGCCAUCAAGGGUCUGAAAGACAAACCUGUCCGUGUGAACGGCAGCAGAAUCUACGCCAUGAUCUCCAGCAACUACACCAGACUCAGCAAGGGGUGGACGGUGGAGUCGCUGUUGGACUCUGAAGAGGAGAAUAAGAGCAGGAGUCAGGGCAGCAGGAGGAGCGGGAGACUCAAAAAAGCUGCAGACAGGGACGAGCCCAGCAGGAAGUCUGAGGGGAGGAAACAGUCCUCCAAGAAGACUCCAGAGAAAGAGUCAUCGUCUAGAAAGAGUGAAGAAAAGGAGUCCAGAACAACAAGAAAGAGGUCUUCAGAAAAAGUGUCUGCAUCCAAACAGAAUCCAGAAAAGGUCUCCAGAACGAGUCCAGAGAAAAAGGCGAAAGAAAAAGAGUCAGCAUCCAAACAUUCUGCAAAGGAGUCACAUGAUAAAAAGAGUGAAGAAAAUGAGUCAGCGUCCAAAACAGACAAGAAAAGGGUUGAUAAAAAUAAUUCUUCAGAGACGGACAGGUCUGAAAAAAAUGAUCCUGAAAAGACGCCUGAAAAAAGUUCCAGGAGGACUCCAGAGAGAGAGUCAUCGUCAAGAAAGAUUGACGAAAAGGAGUCAAAAACAUCUAAAAGGAAGUCCUCAGAAAAAGAGUCUAAGCCCAGAAAAUCUUUGGAGGAGUCCUCAGACAAGCCGACUGAUGAAAAGAGUUCAGAGACGGAGUCAAAGAUUGAAGAAAGCAGCUUGAAAAGGACUCCAGAGACAGAGUCCAAACAGAAGAAAUCCAAUGAUUCAGACUCUAUUCAGACUCCAGAAAAAGACUCGGGAUCUGAAAUGAGUCAGAACAAGACCAUCAAGAGAAAGGGAGCUCGGGAGAACGACUCGGUGCCUGAGAAGAAAGGCAAGAAGAACGAAUCGGAGGGCGAGUCAGAACCUGCUGACGCUCCAGAGGGAGAAGAGCUGGAGAUCCAGGAGACACCUGAACCAGGACUAAAGGAGUCUGGGAGUCCACAUCCACCAGGCUCAACUGGAAAUCCUGCAAAACUGAAAUGUGAACAGAAACCUGAUGCUGAUGGUCUGAAGGACUCAGAGGUCAACAUGGAGUCACAGUCUGAACCUACAGGGGGCGCUGUAGAGCCGCAGAAACCUGUUGGUAAGAAAAGCAGCACUCUUAUA